AUGGUACACUCGCCGCAGAUGACACUGCAGUACACGGUUGUCCUCGCAGCUUCAAUAUGCACAAGAGGCGGCAAGGCUGUUCUCUCGCGCCAAUUCCGAGAGAUGCAGCGCUCUCGAAUUGAGGCUCUCCUCGCAUCCUUCCCCAAGCUCGCCGAUAGCGGCACCCAGCACACAAUCGCCGAGCAGGACAAUGUCCGCUACGUCUACCAACCACUCGACGAGCUGUACAUGGUCUUGGUGACCAAUCUGCAAUCGAACAUCCUCCAGGAUAUCAACUCUCUUCACCUGUUCGCUCAGGUGGUGUCUUCGAUAUGCAAGUCCCUCGACGAGCGUGAGAUCUUGAAGAAUGCUUUCGAGCUUCUGACCGCCUUCGAUGAGAUUGUCACACUAGGCUACAGGGAAAACUUGACCAUGAGCCAGAUUAAGACCUUCUUGGACAUGGAAUCGCACGAGGAGCGCAUUCAGGAAAUCAUUGCACGGAACAAGGAGCUCGAGGCUUCAGAGGAGCGCAAGCGCCGCGCCAAACAACUCGAGAUGCAGCGCAAGGAGAUGUCGAGGUCUCAGCGCGUGGGAGGUGGUGGUAUGGGCGGCGGCAUGGGCAGUGGCAGUAUGGGUCGCUCACCGUCGUACCCAGCCUUCACACCCACUGUACCCACUACGAAUGUCACGGACAGCUACGACAGCUACGAGGCAGAGAAGAAGAAGGCCACCAGCAAACCAUUGGCUUUGGGCAAGAAGGGCAUGCAGCUCGGCAAGAAGAAGCAGGGCAACAACUUGUACGAGCAGGUGACUGGAGGAAUGCCGCAGGAAGAAGAGCCACUCGUCUCCCCCAAGCCAUCUGCGCCCGCUGCUGCUGCUCCAGUAAGUGCACGCCAAUCGACGUCCACCGACCGCGAACCCGUACAUAUCACCACCAACGAGACCAUCUCCGCCCGCUUAGAUCGCGAGGGUCUUCUCAAGUCCUUUGAGGUCAAGGGCGAGAUGCAGCUCAAGAUCAGCGACCCCUCCUUUACACAAGUUAAGCUCGACCUGGCGACCGGCGACACCCGCGGCGCACAGCUCAUGACACAUCCCAAGGUCGACAAGGCCGUCUUCAAGAACGACAAGGUCAUCCAACUCGCGGAUACAACCAAGGGCUUCCCGUCAAACAUGGGCAUUGGCGUCAUGAAAUGGAAGCUCGCACCGCGGCCUGACGAUGUGUCUGACCCACCCAUCACGUUCCGUGUCUGGGUCGAGGACUCGGGCAACAUGUACAACAUCACCGUGGAGUACGAGCUUACUGGCGGAGACGCUUUGAAGGACGUCACCGUCACCAUUCCCUACGAGACCGACGAGCCCAAUGUCUCUUCCUUCGACGCGGUAUACGAAGUCAGCGGCGACAGCCUCGAGUGGAACAUCGGCACCGUGGACGAGGCCAACAGCUCUGGUAGCUUUGAGUUUGAAGCCCAGGCGGGUAGUGAUUCCGAGUUCUUCCCUAUGCGCGUGCGCUUUACCAAGAGCACGCCCUUUGUCGAUGUCGAUGUCUCCUCCGUCACUCUCCUCUCCAUGGGCCAGGAAAUCAACUUCUCCAAGGAAGUCAAGUCUGUCGCGGAAGCAUAUGAGAUCUCAUAA